UUCUCCGGGUACUCGAGCUCUGCUCAGUUCACUUCAGCACCAGCAGACAUGGCCGAGAUCAAAACGGGCGUCUUCGCAAAAAAUGUCCAGAAAAGGAUCAGCAGAGCGCAGGAAAAGGUGCUUCAGAAGUUGGGGAAAGCCGAUGAAACAAAAGAUGAGCAGUUUGAGCAGUUUAUCCAGAACUUCAAGAAACAGGAGGCAGAGGGGACGAGGCUGCAGAGAGAACUGCGGGGAUAUUUAGCUGCUGUCAAAGCGAUGCAGGAGGCCUCCAUGAAGUUGACAGAGUCUCUACAUGAAGUCUAUGAACCCGAGUGGUAUGGUGUAGAUGACAUCAUGGUCAUUGGGAAGAGCUGUGAUGCUCUAUGGGAAGACUUUCAUCAGAGGCUGGUGGAUGGAGCCCUUAUAACCUUGGACACUUACCUGGGACAGUUUCCUGAUAUUAAAACUCGCAUUGCAAAGCGUAGCAGAAAGCUGGUGGACUAUGAUAGCGCCAGGCAUCACUUAGAGUCCCUACAGAACUCCAGAAGAAAAGACGAUGGCAAGAUCACUAAGGCAGAAGAAGAAUUCAACAAAGCACAGAAAGUAUUUGAAGAACUGAAUGUAGACUUGCAAGAAGAGCUCCCGUCUUUGUGGGACAGUCGAGUUGGUUUCUACGUGAACACAUUCAAGAAUGUAACAAACCUGGAGUCAAAGUUUCAUAAAGAAAUUUCAGUUCUGUGUCACAAGCUGUAUGAGGUGAUGACCAAGCUGGGAGAGCAACAUGCUGACAAGGCCUUUACUAUCCAAGGAGCACCAAGUGAUAGUGGUCCACUGCGGAUUGCCAAGACCCCCUCGCCCCCAGAUGAACCUUCACCGCCUGGCAGUCCUGAAGCCAGCCCCAAUCACAUGCUGGCACCCACCUCACCAGCACCAGCUCGUCCAAAGUCUCCAACGCAGCUAAGAAAGGGUCCUCCUGUCCCACCCCCUCCAAAACUCACCCCUACGAAAGAACUGCAUCAGGAACAAAUCCUCAACUUGUUUGAGGACAAUUUUGUCCCAGAAAUCAAUGUCACCACACCCUCACAGAAUGAAGGACCAUGGGCUGUGAAAGAGGAGUCUUUACUGGAUCUGGAUUUCGACCCCUUCAAACCAGAUGCAUCAACGUUGAUAGGGAAGACUCAGUCCCCCAGUUCUCAGGCAUUACCAUGGGAUUUGUGGACGGCAAGCGCAGGGCCAGCACAGCCUGUAUCUGACAAUGCUUUUAAUGGAUUCUCUCAGCUGGAUGCGGGCACCUCCGUUUUUGCCUCAGAUUCUAACCAGAGUGUGUUCGAUACAAUGCCUGAUGCAGAAGUCCCUCCUGUUGUGGAUUCUCAGGCCCCUGAGGCCCCCUCUGAGCCUGCCCAGGAAACUCUGCCAGCUGAGACUCAGCAGGCAACAGAGAAGGCCGUGGAUAAUGUUGAGGCGGAAGUGAAAGAGCCUGUAAUAAGCACUGAGGCACAGAGCACUGAGGCUACAACAGUGGAUGUGGAAAGUGAAUCUCCCCCAGCAAAAGCUCUGGCAUUGGCAGUGGAUGUAGAAAACGAACCCCCCACAACACAGUCUCUGGCUUCAGCAGUGGAUGUGGAAACUGAGUCCCCAACUGCACAGGCUCUGAAUGUAGAGCCUGAAGAUGAAAAUAAAGAGGUUACUGAAGACACUGAGAAUAAGCAGUCCCAGGAAAAGAUUACUAUACCAUCAGUGGUCAUUGAACCAGCAUCAAACAGUGAAUGGGAUGAUGAGGAACUACAGGCUGAAGAUGUCAGAGAACCAGAGGUACUGCCUGAGCCUGACAGCAAAGUCAGUGACAGCAGGGAAAUGCCAGCAGCAAUACCAGAGGAGCCAGCAACAGCAGCAGCAGCAGCUCAGGAGAGCCUGCCACUUACAGAACCAGCAGUGGAGACUAAACCUGAAGCUGUUACAACACAAAGCCUGCCUCCUGGGUACCUCUACAAGGCUGAAGCACUACAUGAUUUUGAAGCUGCAAGUUCAGAUGAACUUGAUUUGAAGAAAGGCGAUCUUGUCUUAGUCAUUCCUACUGCACUAGUGGAAGAUCAGGAAGCUGGCUGGCUAACUGGAAUUGCUGAAAAUGACUGGCUGCAGUACCAUGAUAUCACUCAUAAGGGACUGUUUCCAGAAAACUUCACUCAACGCAUUGAAUAGAGAGCUGAGAAAGCAGACGAUUUAACCAGCUGAUUGAUUUCUGGGCUAAAUGCAGAAAAAAAAACAUGGUUCUUCAUAUUCUGGUGAUUCCAUUAGCAAAUGGCUGAAGUGGACAUUUUUAAAAUGAUUUUAACAAUGUGAAAAUAACUGGAGCAUGAAGCAAGAAUAUGGUCUCCCUUCUUCUGAAACCAAUAAAUAAAGAUGUUCUUGUUUGUUUACCUGUAAGCAGCAACUGAUUUAUUUGUGCUUUGCUGGGAGCUAUGGUGAUCCCACAUGUAACCCCUUCCUGUGAAAAAAGAAAAAGCUAAUUCCUGUUAAGACAAUGCCCUUAUCUCCUCUGCGCUGUAUUGUAUGAAUGUGUUGCUCUGCAGCAGAUUUUUGGUAACCUGUAGUGAUAUAAUAAUCUAUAUAACAGUUAAAAGUGCUACACAAUUGCUGAGGAUUUUUUUAAUGUUUAAUUUGUCACAAACGUUACCCUUGCAUCAUAGGUUUGUUUUCUGUUUUAUUGCUGAGUUCGUUGCUAUGAUGAUGUUAGGCAUAUUGGUGUUCAUAAACAAAACUUGCUGCUCCUUUGCCAAAAA